AUGGUGUCGACAAACAUAGCGUCGGCCGCCUCCACUAUCAUGGUAGGUCAAGUUGCUAUUAAGUUAAUGACUUUCACCCUUAAUCAAUUUCUAUUUCAAUAUGCUUCAGCAACUUCAAUUGGACUAACACAAUUCAUUAAAUUUAUUCUUGGCUAUACCAUUUUUCUAUGCAGGGAGCCUGUCCGGCUCAGUGUUCCCAAAAUUUGUGGAUCUUUCAGCGUUAAGAGCGUUCAACAGAGACGUCAGUUAAUAGCCAAUUUUUCCAUAAUAAUCGCAUUUGCAUUAUUUGCUUUUGUAGGUUUGCCAAUCAUGGCAGCCCAGCUAAUGAAGAACUCAGACUUGACUGAUUCUAUGUUAAGACCGAUAAUUCUAACUGUGUUGAUAAUCUUAGCUGCCAUCAUUGAGCUAGUAAGCGAACCAUAUUACGACAUUAAUCAAUAUCUUAAUCUAAAUUUCUCGAGGAGAACUAAGAUAGAAAGCAUUGCAACAUUUGGAAGAUGUGUUAUACAACUAGCGUCUACUAUGCUUCUUUCGAAAUACCAAAAAAGAGUAUCAUUUGCUGAUUCAAAUUUUGUUUAUGGAUUUGCUUUCAGUCAGCUUGGGUAUGCUAUCAUAGUAUCUUCGUGUUACUUAGCAAAAGAGCAGGCUUUGGUUCCCCGUAAAGUGGCAAACCAUUACUUUGAGUCUAGUGCACUUGGCUACUUUAGGUCCAUAUUCUUUCAGCAGAUAGCAAAAUAUUUUCUAAGCGAAGGAGAUAAAAUUCUUGUCAACUAUCUCCUACCUGUUAAUAUUCAAGGAUACUAUUCUCUCAUAACAGAUUAUGGUUCAUUGCUUGCAAGGCUUCUGUUUAUGCCAAUUGAGGAGGCGGUGCGCAUUAGUAUGACAGCCACUUUUGAAUCGCAUGAUGUCUCGGCUUCAAAAAGAAAAGAAAUUCUAAAGAUUACAGUAUCUUCUAUCUCCAGACUAUACGUGUACAUAUUGACACUUUUAAUAUUGUUUGCCCCAUCAAGUACUUCUUACAUUGUUCAAAUGCUAUUUAAGCGUUUCGGUUCGGAUGAAACUUUCAUUUGGUGCUUCAAAUUGUACUGGUGCUACGUACCUUUUUUGGCUGUGAAUGGAAUAGCAGAGGCAUUAUUUAAUUCUGUCUUCCACAGUUCCAAAGAUGCUGAUGUAUACUCAAAGAUGAUGAUUCUUAAUUCGAUAUUUUUCUUUGUUAGUACAUACAUCAGUGUUCAUACAUUUAGUCUGGGUUUAUCUGGAUUAAUAUAUAGCAAUAUGCUGAAUAUGCUGAUAAGGAUAUCGUUUUGCGUGACAAAGCUUUCAAAUUAUAUUGAAUUUAACAUAUCAAAUUCUUAUUAUUAUCUUCCCUUGCUUACAAUUUCUGUGUUCACUAUGUUCAUCCAGCAUCAUCUUUUUAAUGGUUUUGAGGCCAGAAAUUUUAAAGACUUUUUAGGAAACUUUGGAAUUGGACUGAUCGUUUUAUUUCUUUUAAUCUAUAGAGAAAGAUCAACCUUAAAAAGUCUUAUAGCCAAAAAAAUGGAUAGAAAAACGGAAUAG